ACCUUCUGUGAGCUCUAAGUGAAACUACUUGAAAAGAAUUCAAGUUGAACAACAUCAGAGUUGAGUACUCAUGGUGUUCAUUCCUUGUGAAACAGGCCACUCCAUUCUAGGUCGUACUGUAAUAAGUUUUCCAUGGAAAAGCAGGUGCUGCCGUAUCAGAGGCACUCUAAAUUUUUUCCUUUUCGAACAAGAGUAUCCCUCCGACUGCCCAUUUGUUUAUGCCCCAAGGAAGAAAUGGUCAAUGGCAGCACGUCAAUCUCUGACAAAGACUCUUCGGCCCAAUGGAAAUUUCUCUUCGCCUUGCUGCCGUCAAGGAAAAUCCCUUUCUCGUAUAAACAUUGCGUUUAAGAAUUGUGGAAGUCGUCAAUUGCCGACUUCUUCCUCUUCUCUCUUUCUCUGUGUAGUUUCCUUGGAAUCAUCACCAAUGGAUGCAGUUUCCUUCUACCAUCGAUUCGUUUCUGUCUUUCCUCCUUCCUCUAUAAGAGUCGAGCAGGGUUGAUGCCUUCUCCUUCCCAACAGAAACCACAAGAAUCUCCCCUCUUCAGAACGAGAGGCGUCUUAAUCCCAAAAUGGUUCAAGAUUUUGAGGAUUUCCUGCCUCGGCUGGCGGAGAAGUUGGGGGCAGAGGGCCUGAUGAGCGAGCUCUGCAACGGCUUCAGGAUGCUUAUGGAUCCAACGACAAUGCUGAUCACCUGCGACAGCCUGAAGAGGAAUGCGGCGGCGCUGGGGCUGACGGGGAUGAGCGAUGAGGAGGCGGCGGCGAUGGUGAGGGUGGGGGACUUGGACGGCGAUGGUGCUCUCAAUCAGAUGGAGUUCUGCGUGCUCAUGGUCAGAUUGAGCCCAGGGUUGAUGGAGCGGUCGUGGAGCUUCUUACAGGAAUCGCUGAGCUCGAGAUCGGAUCAGUUUCAGAAGUAGCUCUCUCUGUAUCUCUCUGUUUUUGUGCCUGUGGAUACUCUCACGAUUCCUUCCCUUCUCUUCUACCAUCACAUUUCUCUUCUACCAUUACAUUAGUUUCGUUUCACAUUCUAUUGAGUUAAAAAAAAAUAUAUAAUAAUAAUAAUAGUGAUUUCCUUUUUAA